AUGUGCUUCUCCCCUCUCAUCAGGCUAAAUGUUAUAUUAAUUUUAUGGAUUUCAACAAUGCAAAUGUGGAGGUGUUACCCUAUUGUCCCUUCUACGUUGUCCGGGAAAUCUGAUUACUGUCUCCUCCUGCUGAAUAGCUGCCUAACCAAAGCGGACGGAUCUGAAGAACUGGCAUUGUUAAAGCCUUUACUGGAGAAGUCUUAUAUUAAAAGGUCCUUUCGGAAUGGGGUUGGAUCAGGAAUUAAAAGUACAUCUUUUCGAAGAGCCAAGUCAUGA